GCAGUCACCUUGCUAAAGGACCACGAGGACAAACAUGGCAGGAGCUCUUGGUGCAGCUUUUAUACCUUAUUUUGGUCAUCUUGUAGAAAUUCUAGAAACCAAUCCAGAAAUGAAAAAAAGUGCUAAAGGAGUUUUUAAGCAGAUGGCAUGGGGUGCUGGAGGUACAGCUGUGGGCGGAGUCUUAUUGGGACCUGCUGGAGCACUUGUAGGUGGAUUGGCUGGUUCACUGAUUGGCUACAUGAAGUCAGAUGACUACCAGGCGAUGAUAGUGGUGAUGAAAAACUUAAGUGACAGUGAUAAACAGAGGAUAGUGAAAAAAGUCCAGGAGUUAGUGGGAAGUGUUGGUGUUGAAGAACUUGUUCGCUUUGUAGGAUCACAGGUCCAGCGUGAUGCUUUGUUACAUCUCCUCCGAGGGGCUCUAAAUGACUUGAAGGGCGGAUAAGUCUGAACAAAUGUUUGAAAAUGAAUGUCAACUUCUGGAUGUGAUGAUUCUGUGAUUAUAGUUUUCUGUGUGAAAUGUGUAAUUAAAUGUGCAUUUAUAAAUCAUAAUUGAUAACUGUUAAUUGAUGUAAAAACAAAGGUAAAUGUGUUAUUAUCUUAUCGUACAUGCUUGUACAUGUGUAGGUAUUCACUGUCAUGUGACCAUGUAGAUGAGACAUUCCAGAUCAGAUGAAAGAACAACACAAGAUAAAACUUCAGAACAAGGUUGUUAUAAACUUUGACUGUUAUCAGUUAAACCAUUUAAUUCUGAUAAUCACACAAAACAAUGAACUAAUCAUGAACUGGAUGUUAAACUGUGUGUCCUUUUAAAGAAUAAUUCCGAGUCUAGCUUUGACAACUACGAGACUUAUGUUAUAGAUCAUAAUUGAAAUGGAAGCUCUGAAAGUAUUCUUUGGUCAUUCUAGAAUAAAAUAUGGACACUCCUUGUUCAGUUAUGGAUAUCUACAAAAUAUGCUAUGACAUCAGUUGUAACAGUUUAAUGAACAGUGACCAAUCACCCCUAAAAAUGUCUGGGCAGUUGGAAUUGUGGAUCUUAUUCUAUAUUUGAUCAAAUAUAUAUAUUUUAUAGCAUUUCAGAAUAUGUACAUUAACUUCAUACAUGUGUAAUGUAUGAAUGUGAUAUUGAGGUUGCCAAUAAAGAUGAUUUAUGACAUA